UUCAGUGUCUUCAGGCUUUGGAAUUCCUCCACUCAAACCAAGUUAUUCACAGAGACAUAAAGAGUGACAACAUCCUACUGGGAAUGGAUGGCUCUGUUAAAUUAACUGACUUUGGCUUCUGUGCCCAGAUCACUCCUGAGCAGAGCAAACGCAGCACCAUGGUGGGGACCCCAUACUGGAUGGCACCUGAAGUGGUGACACGGAAAGCAUACGGACCCAAAGUGGACAUCUGGUCGCUGGGGAUAAUGGCCAUCGAGAUGAUUGAAGGAGAACCCCCCUACCUCAACGAGAACCCUCUGAGAGCCCUGUAUCUCAUUGCUACCAAUGGGACUCCAGAACUGCAGAAUCCAGAAAAGCUUUCACCCAUAUUCAGAGACUUCCUAAACCGCUGUCUUGAAAUGGAUGUGGAAAAAAGAGGUUCUGCAAAAGAGCUGCUACAGCACCAGUUCCUGAAAAUCGCAAAGCCUCUUUCUAGCCUCACUCCUCUAAUUAUUGCUGCUAAAGAGGCAGCAAAGAACAACCAUUAAAGUGGUGGAGUUAACAUAGUCAUCAUGUCAAACCCUUUUAGAUGUCCAUUUGAGAGACUGAGUUACCUGCUCCUCUCCUUCCCUCCUGCCCCGCCUUCACAAGGAUGUUCUUAAAACUUUGAUCUGUGCUGAAGGAUAGCAGAGGAAUUGUUUGCUGAAUGUGGAACAUUGCUGAUCAUACAGAGCGAACUGCCUUUCCAUCUGUCUGGAUGGGGGCAGGAGGGGAAGGAUGUAUUUUACGGCCAGGAAGAUCUGGGAACAUCCAAACCUGACCUACAUGUAACAAAGCCAGUUUGUUUUCAUAUUACUGUGUUUAUUUUUGAAAAAUUAUAUGGAACCUUAGACUGUGUUUAUCUUAAUAAAUGAAAUCUUUUGCUGGCUGGACUCUUCCUGCUUCUGCCAAGCUGCUCUUACACCACUGAAUCUGCUCUGUGCUUUGGAUGAGUCGAGGAAGGAACGAAGCAGCAGCAGCAGAAAUUUGAACAGCUCUAACAGCUGAGAAGGGAGUGAGGGCAGGAACAUGCAGCCCUCCUGCAGCACUGCUGGAUGCUUCGAGGGAGCGAGGAGAAAGCCUGUGUGUGCUUCCUGCUGCUGCUGGACAGCUUAAUUCACGGGUGAUCUUUUGGCCAAAUGGUGUGAAUCAGGGUCUCUCCCCACACGCUUUUGUUUCAGCUCAACUGGUUAAACAGAUUUCAAAUAUUUGUGAUAUUCUAGAAAAAUCAGAAGAUAAAUGAAUAAAGAUUCCUUUUGGGGGUUAUUGUAUCAGCGCUCUGAGGCUUCAGAGAGACCUGCCUUGUAUGAUAAAGCAAACAGAGCAAUUACUGUUAUAAAGAUAUGAUUUGCCUGCAAGAUGUUGUUGAUGACAACUGUUUCUUAGACCAAGUCCAACAGAAAACAAAUUGAUCAUGGAUACUGUUUUCCUGAAAGCAUAGGGACAUUAAUUUUCUUGGAAUGAGAGAGUAACCUGGUAUCUGUAUGCUGCUGCCUCCUUUGGUUGCUAAUGAUCUGUAAAAAAAAACAACAGGAAACCUGGAACUACUAGAAAGAUUGGUUGUAAACACUGGGCUUACGUUCAACUGUAUACUGAUUUUUAAUAAAAUGACUGUUGAAUUUCUUAACCUGGGGCUGAGGGAGGAUUGGAGAAUUCACUGUCACUCAACAGUUCUGUCAGAUGGGAUUAUUUUUCAUGUUUUUGUCACUGGGUGCUUGAAGGUGACAAGGAUGGAAGCUUCUGUAGCCCUAUGGCAUACAAGUGGUCCUGAAGGGGAGUAACUACACAUCAAGGGAAAGGAUAAAAGAUCUCGCUGUACAUAUUGCUUGGGUUGUUUAAGGGAUGAGUUUAAAUCAGUUUUGGAGUAAGUUUCCCUCCCUCACCUAAACACUUGUGUUGCACAAAAACUCAUUCCUGCUUCUUGCUGCUCAACCAGUCCUUUCCUUUCUGCUCCAGGAUCUCCUCUGAAUGUAUGUUUUUCCCCACUCACCGUACAAUAUGUGACAGCCCUUAUGCUGGUUUUGCAGAUAAAGUUUGCGAAGUCUCUUGUUUUAUUGGUGUCUUCCUACCCUUUGUGCCACAGGGUGGUCACUCUUUGAUUUGAGGCUGCCAUGUCUGAAGUCCAUUGCCAAGUCUGCUGUCCUUCGUGUAGAUUUUUCAUCUUCAUGUAAGAUUGAGAGGUUUCCCCUCACAAGAUCAAUUUCCUUGAGCAAAACAGCAAAGCUGGCAGCCCUGGGGGAAUCUGCUCUGCUUGCAGCUUAGGUGAGACUGGGAAGGGGGGAGGCCACUACUCUUGAAUUGUUGUCUUUGAUAAGGAGUUUGUUCUUAUCGUCUGUGAAGUAUCAGAAUGGCAUAUGUGGGGAGAUGGGUAUGUAUGGACUAGAUCUGACUUAACUAAAAUCUGAUGUGGCUCUGGUCCUACAGACUGAGCAGUUGGCUUAUGACAGCACAUGACCCAUGUAUCAUAGAAUGGCUUAGGUUGGAAGAGACCUCAGAGAUGGUCUGGUUCCAGCCCCCAGUGAAUGCACUGUUUGUCCCUGAUUUCCCUUCACCUUCCUUUCCCACUCCCCCCUUGUUAUCCCAUGGAGCUGCAAAUCAUACCACAGGUAUGCCCUACCUGCCACACAUCCAGGAGCUUAUUUUUCUUCAGGAGGACUCCUACAUUUCCAUGAAGGAGAUGAAAAGGACUAUUUCCAUCUCCUUCUCUAUUUCCAUGAGCUCCUCUCUUGGAUUCUCUGUUGCCUACUGGAAAAGAAUGGACAUGAACGUCUUUAUUCCUGUCCUUACAUUGAUGGUUUGCUUCUGUCUCUCAACUUCAGCUUUUUGGAUUAGUCCUCACUGGUUUCUACCAGCUGCUCAAAAGGAAGGAAGCUGUAAGGAAGUGUCAGUGACACAUCAGCCUGUCCCAGGCUUUUUUUUUUCUUACCCACCUGUGAUGAGAAAGAAGUCAACUUGCUGUGAUGUGCCUGGCCCCAGUUCCAAGUUAACAGAAAUAUCAUAUUAAUAAAAAUAAAAAUUGUAGCUACCUGAAGCUCAGGAGAAUUUAGAUACGUUUUUCAUUCUGAGAUGCAUCUUUUUCUCCACUCCAUCACCUGGUUUCAGCACCUGUAUCAGCUCUUGUAGCACAUUCCUGUCACAUAAUGAGAGCUCUUAAAUAGCUCUUGAAUGACUUGGAAAGUCACCUCUGUGGCUUAUUUUUUUUUUCUGCAGACAUCUUGACUGCUGUGAUUUGAGAACAGCUUUUCACUAGAGAGCUGCUUUGGUUUUUCAUUUGUUUGAACCUGUGUGAACUGCUUCUACUGAGUCUGAGCCCUUUAUAGUCACAGCCCUCAAUUAUUUAUUUGAUUAUUAAUUCUAGAUUCUCUUCUAUAUUAGAACAUGCAAUAUUCAGUUGUUUGACUAUCCAUUCUGAAAACCUGGUUCCUUUUUAAGGGAUCUUAGGCAAGUCUGUCAGGUUAGGUGCAGAAGUUGAAUAAUGCACUACAGCUUACAAACUAUUGAAUCUUACGGUUGGAAAUGAUUCAUCUGAGAUCAUCUGACCCAACUGCUGACUCAUCACCACCAUGCCCACCAACUGUGGCCCUGAAGCAUGUAAAGUCACUUCAGAGCUGAGAUUUCCAUUACUGUUCUAGUCUUUCAAAAUACCACAGGU